CGUGCCCGCUUAUUAAAUGCUAACAAAUUGAGCCGUCACAUCAACGGGCAAGGUGUGUUGGAAUUCGCAACGACCGUUGUGCACGUGUGUUUUGCAAUGCUCAUCCCAGUAGGCGGUAAUUUCCCAUCUCGAGCUGUCAAAAUACGCGCCCAAAGAAAACAACUAAUUAUUGUAGCAGACGAUGACUUGCCACCAGGGGAGCACCAGUGGGAACAAACAUGGAUCAAACUGGACUGACGGCUUCGGAGAAAAUUACCCUGUUCAGUGCGUGGGGCUUAAUUCGCAAGGAUUUGGACGUACACGGGCGAAAUGUGCUGUUGCUGCUGUUCCACAAACAUCCGCGCUACAUUGCGUACUUCGAUUUCACGGACGAUCCCAACGCCCAAUCGCUGGUAGACAACAAAUCGCUCUACGAUCAGGCGAUACACGUGUUCAAGGCGGUCGGUGCGCUCAUCGAGUACGGUUUCAAGGAUCCGGUGCUGUUCGAUGCGACGCUGAGAAAGAUCACCCGCCGGCACAAGGAUCGUCCCGUCUAUACCGAGGACAUUCUCACGAUUGGUGAGGUAUUGCUGAACUAUCUGGAGCAGGCGCUGGGGCGCCAAAUGUCCGACUUGCUGCCCGAUGCGUUCUGGAAGCUUUUCCAAACGAUCGCCGGUAGGUUUCCGGCCACCCCUAAGACUCCCAUUGCGGACGAGGGCGGCGAUGAUGCAAACGAUCCACAGCCAACAACGAGCCAACAGCAAGAUGGGGCAUCGGACGCACCUUGAAACUGACUGGCAAGUCAGAUUCGAAGGUAUUUUAGAUUUUUGUUUCCCCCGUAAGUACCUUCAGGAAAUUACCGCUGAGUGGAAGUUACUUUCGCGUGCCACAAGAAAUGACGAGAAUUUAUUAAAAGCAUCCUCAAGCAUGGCAGGUGGAGAGCGAGAUUCCAGGAAAGCCGAUUUCGUCGAAUCCGCUUCAAUAUGCUA